AUGACCCCACCGAAGGUUGCUGCUGGUUCCAUCGUAGCUAUGGACCAGGAGCUCUCAGUUGAUGCACCUACGCGACGGGAAAAGGGUAAGCCGGCGAGUAAAAGCGGCCGUACUCGCCGGCCGGCUCCCUCAGAUACCGGAGCCCGAGUAUCAGUCGUUCCUAUCGGUAGCAGCAAGCCACGAGCUACGACGCUUCGACUAUGUGCUGCGAAUGGCACUCCCAUUCCUAUUUCUGGAAUAAGACAACUCACGGUCAAUCUGAAAGGGCAACGACGGUAUCCGUGGGCGUUCGUUCUUGCGAAUGUUCCCACUGGAAUACUGGGUAUGGAUUUUUUGCAGUACCACGAAUUGCUUAUCGAUUCACGUAGACUGCAGUUGAUCAACCUAGCGUCGAAUGUCAAAGUCACGGGUCUCAAAGCCUAA